GCCUCUCUAGGACUUAUGGAGAGGCUCCGGGUGAGUCUAGCGUUUCUUUUUCUUCCCAUCUCAGAUACCGAAACUGGAAGCCAUUUGUGGUCUUUGCAAGGCAAACUUUACUCUUGGGGGGAGAAGAAAAAGAGCGGAAUCCCUUGCAGGGAUCAGUCCUGCAGCACCAGAAAUGGUCCCGUGAAGGAAAAGGCAUCUGGAGACCCACCAGAGUCCUUGGAGCCAUUUGCAGUUGCUCUGCAGGACAGAGAAAGGAUGGAGACACAACCUUUUGGAAAGGAGGGAGCUGGAAAAGGCCCUUCAGCUGCUCAGCCUGGGAAGGGGGCGAAGCUCUGGACAAGACCCUGGCAGAAGAUCCUGGAGGAGGAAACCAUCCUCCCUUCAGAAGUUCAGCCCUGGACCUCCAUCCAAUACUGGGAGGCUGAGGGUCCCCGAGGACUUUGCCGCCGACUCCAUGGCUUUUGCAGGCAAUGGCUGAGACCAGAGAAGAACACCAAAGCCCAGAUGCUGGACCUGGUGGUUCUGGAGCAGCUCCUGUUCCUUCUGCCCCCAGAGAUGGAGAGGUGGGUGCGGGAGUGUGGAGCAGAGACCAGCUCCCAGGCAGUGGCUCUGGCGGAAGGCUUCCUCCUGAGCCAGGCAGAGGAGCAGAAGGAGCAGGUCGAAUUGCAGUGCUGCACUGUGGAGAUCAGAGAUCCUGAGGGAAAGAAGAACCCAUCAAAUCCCCCUCAGGAGCUGUUCUUCAGGUGGAUCCCUUGGGAAGAUCCAAGUCAGGACAUCUCAGGAGAGAAACAAAGAAUGAAGCUUUCUGGUUUUUAUGACGGGGAUCAAACAGUGGUUGAAUCUCCAAAUCAAGAGAGUCUUGUGUCCUUCGAGGAGGUGGCUGUGUCUUUCUCUGAGGAGGAGUGGUCUCUGCUGGAUCCUGACCAGAAAGCCCUGCAUUCGGAAGUCAUGCUUGAAAACCAUAGGAACGUGGCCUCUCUGGAUACCGAAACUGGAAGCCAUUUGUGGUCUUUGCAAGGCAAACUUUCCUCUUGGGGGAAGAAGAAAAAGAGCGGAAUCCCUUGCAGGGAUCAGUCCUGCAGCACCAGAAAUGGUCCCGUGAAGGAAAAGGCAUCUGGAGACCCACCAGAGUCCUUGGAGCCCUUUGCAGUUGCUCUGCAGGACAGAGAAAGGAUGGAGACACAACCUUUUGGAAAGGAGGGAGCCGGAAAAGGCCCUUCAGCUGCUCAGCCUGGGAAGGGGGCGAAGCUCUGGACAAGAACCGGGCAGGAGAUCCUGGAGGAGGAAACCAUCCUCCCUUCACAAGUUCCGCCCUGGACCUCCAUCCAAUACCAGGAGGCUGAGGGUCCCCGAGGACUUUGCAGCCGACUCCAUGGCUUUUGCAGGCGAUGGCUGAGACCAGAAAAGCACACCAAAGCCCAGAUGCUGGACCUGGUGGUUCUGGAGCAGCUCCUGUUCCUUCUGCCCCCAGAGAUGGAGGGCUGGGUGCGGGAGUGUGGAGCAGAGACCAGCUCCCAGGCGGUGGCCCUGGCGGAAGGCCUCCUCCUGAGCCAGGCGGAGGAGCAGAAGGAGCAGGUCCAGUUGCAGUGUUGCACUGUGGAAAUCAGAGAUCCUGAGAGAAAGAAAAACCCAUCAAAUCCCCCUCAGGAGCUUUUUUUCAGGAGGAUCCCUCGGGAAGAUCCAAGUCAGAAUAUCUCAAGAGAGAAACAAAGAACGAUGCUUUCUGGUUUUUAUGAUGGAGAUCAAACAGUGGUUGACCCUCCAAAUCAGGAGAGUCUCGUGUCCUUUGAGGAGGUGGCUGUGUCUUUCUCUGAGGAGGAAUGGUCUCAGCUGGAUCCUGACCAAAAAGCGCUGCAUUCGGAAGUCAUGCUUGAAAACCAUAGGAACGUGGUCUCUCUGGAUACCGAAACUGGAAGCCAUUUGUGGUCUUUGCAAGGCAAACUUUCCUCUUGGGGGAAGAAGAAAAAGAGCGGAAUCCCUUGCAGGGAUCAGUCCUGCAGCCCCAGAAAUGGUCCCGUGAAGGAAAAGGCAUCUGGAGACCCACCAGAGUCCUUGGAGCCAUUUGCAGUUGCUCUGCAGGACAGAGAAAGGAUGGAGACACAACCUUUUGGAAAGGAGGGAGCCCGAAAAGGCCCUUCAGCUGCUCAGCCUGGGAAGGGGGCAAAGCUCUGGACAAGAACUGGGCAGAAGAUCCUGGAGGAGGAAACCAUCCUCCCUUCAGAAGUUCAGCCCUGGAACUCCAUCCAAUACCUGGAGGCUGAGGGUCCCCGAGGACUCUGCAGCCAACUCCAUGGCUUUUCCAGGCGAUGGCUGAGACCAGAAAAGCACACCAAAGCCCAGAUGCUGGACCUGGUGGUUCUGGAGCAGCUCCUGUUCCUUCUGCCCCCAGAGAUGGAGAGCUGGGUGCGGGAGUGUGGAGCAGAGACCAGCUCCCAGGCGGUGGCUCUGGCGGAAGGCCUCCUCCUGAGCCAGGCGGAGGAGCAGAAGGAGCAGAUCCAGUUGCAGUGCUGCACUGUGGAGAUCAGAGAUCCUGAGGGAAAGAAGAACCCAUCAAAUCCCCCUCAGGAGCUAUUUUUCAGGAGGAUCCCUUGGGAAGAUCCAAGUCAGGACAUCUCAGGAGAGAAACAAAGAAUGAAGCUUUCUGGUUUUUAUGAUGGAAAUCAAACAGUGGUUGACCCUCCAAAUCAGGAGAGUCUUGUGUCCUUCGAGGAGGUGGCUGUGUCUUUCUCUGAGGAGGAAUGGUCUCAGCUGGAUCCUGACCAGAAAGCGCUGCAUUCGGAAGUCAUGCUUGAAAACCAUAGGAACGUGGCCUCUCUGGAUACCGAAACUGGAAGCCAUUUGUGGUCUUUGCAAGGCAAACUUUACUCUUGGGGGGAGAAGAAAAAGAGCGGAAUCCCUUGCAGGGAUCAGUCCUGCAGCACCAGAAAUGGUCCCGUGAAGGAAAAGGCAUCUGGAGACCCACCAGAGUCCUUGGAGCCAUUUGCAGUUGCUCUGCAGGACAGAGAAAGGAUGGAGACACAACCUUUUGGAAAGGAGGGAGCUGGAAAAGGCCCUUCAGCUGCUCAGCCUGGGAAGGGGGCGAAGCUCUGGACAAGACCCUGGCAGAAGAUCCUGGAGGAGGAAACCAUCCUCCCUUCAGAAGUUCAGCCCUGGACCUCCAUCCAAUACUGGGAGGCUGAGGGUCCCCGAGGACUUUGCCGCCGACUCCAUGGCUUUUGCAGGCAAUGGCUGAGACCAGAGAAGAACACCAAAGCCCAGAUGCUGGACCUGGUGGUUCUGGAGCAGCUCCUGUUCCUUCUGCCCCCAGAGAUGGAGAGGUGGGUGCGGGAGUGUGGAGCAGAGACCAGCUCCCAGGCAGUGGCUCUGGCGGAAGGCCUCCUCCUGAGCCAGGCAGAGGAGCAGAAGGAGCAGGUCGAAUUGCAGUGCUGCACUGUGGAGAUCAGAGAUCCUGAGGGAAAGAAGAACCCAUCAAAUCCCCCUCAGGAGCUGUUUUUCAGGUGGAUCCCUUGGGAAGAUCCAAGUCAGGACAUCUCAGGAGAGAAACAAAGAAUGAAGCUUUCUGGUUUUUAUGACGGGGAUCAAACAGUGGUUGAAUCUCCAAAUCAAGAGAGUCUUGUGUCCUUCGAGGAGGUGGCUGUGUCUUUCUCUGAGGAGGAGUGGUCUCUGCUGGAUCCUGACCAGAAAGCCCUGCAUUCGGAAGUCAUGCUUGAAAACCAUAGGAACGUGGCCUCUCUGGGUAAUAAUGGGCAGGAGAAUCAAGAUUCCUGUGAACUGUUCCAAGUGAUCAAUGCUAAAGAUGGAACGGAGAAGUUUGGAAUUCGAAUGGAAUUCGAAAGCCAUGAGAGAAAUCAGUCAAAGAAUUGGAAUCAGGAAAGCUCAUCUUCCAUUGAUGCUCCGAUGCAAGACUUUCUUGCCCAAAAAGAGAGAAUAAGGAAAAAAUAUGUUGGGAAAAGUGUGAAGCUAAUCAAAGCUAAAGUACAAGUAAAUGAACACUAUUUAACCCAAAACAAAGGAGAAGAUGCUAUAAGAAGACACAACAGACAAAAUUACAAUGGGACAUUCAUUCUUUCUCUUGGAAAUAACUUCCUUACUUCUCCAAAAGCGAUUGACACAAAAGAGAAGCCUUAUAAAUGUUUGGAAUGUGGAAAAUGUUUUAGGGCAAGCUGGCAACUUACUAUCCAUAAAAGGAUCCACACAGGAGAGAAGCCGUAUAAAUACACGGAGUGUGGAAAGAGUUUUGUUCUGAAAAAUGGACUUAGAAACCACAAGAAGCUCCACUCAGGAGAGAAACCAUUUAAAUGCAUGGAAUGUGGAAAGAUGUUUGCUCAAAGAAGUGCACUUGCUUCCCAUAAGAUCAUCCACUCAGGAGAGAAGCCGUUUAAAUGCAUGGAAUGUGGAAAGACCUUUACUCAGAGAGGUAAUCUUAUUUCCCAUAAGAUGAUCCACACAGGAGAGAAACCAUUUAAAUGCAUGGAAUGUGGAAAGACCUUUACUCAAAAACAUCACCUUAUUUCCCAUAAGAUGGGCCACACAGGGGAGAAGCCAUAUAAAUGCAUGGAGUGUGGAAAGACCUUUACUCAAAAACAUCAUCUUAUUUCCCAUAAGAUGGGUCACACAGGGGAGAAGCCAUAUAAAUGCAUGGAGUGUGGAAAGACGUUUACUCAGAGAGGUAAUCUUAUUUCCCAUAAGAUGAUCCACACAGGAGAGAAACCAUUUAAAUGCAUGGAAUGUGGAAAGACCUUUACUCAAAAACGUAAUCUUAUUUUCCAUAAAAGGAUCCACACAGGGGAGAAGCCGUAUAAAUGCAUGGAGUGUGGAAAGACCUUUACUCAAAAACAUCAUCUUAUUUCCCAUAAGAUGGGCCACACAGGGGAGAAGCCAUAUAAAUGCAUGGAGUGUGGAAAGACGUUUACUCAGAGAGGUAAUCUUAUUUCCCAUAAGAUGAUCCACACAGGAGAGAAACCAUUUAAAUGCAUGGAAUGUGGAAAGACCUUUACUCAAAAACGUAAUCUUAUUUUCCAUAAAAGGAUCCACACAGGGGAGAAGCCGUAUAAAUGCAUGGAGUGUGGAAAGACCUUUACUCAAAAACAUCACCUUAUUUCCCAUAAGAUGGGCCACACAGGGGAGAAGCCAUAUAAAUGCAUGGAGUGUGGAAAGACCUUUACUCAAAAACAUCAUCUUAUUUCCCAUAAGAUGGGUCACACAGGGGAGAAGCCAUAUAAAUGCAUGGAGUGUGGAAAGACGUUUACUCAGAGAGGUAAUCUUAUUUCCCAUAAGAUGAUCCACACAGGAGAGAAACCAUUUAAAUGCAUGGAAUGUGGAAAGACCUUUACUCAAAAACGUAAUCUUAUUUUCCAUAAAAGGAUCCACACAGGGGAGAAGCCGUAUAAAUGCAUGGAGUGUGGAAAGACCUUUACUCAAAAACAUCAUCUUAUUUCCCAUAAGAUGGGCCACACAGGGGAGAAGCCAUAUAAAUGCAUGGAGUGUGGAAAGACGUUUACUCAGAGAGGUAAUCUUAUUUCCCAUAAGAUGAUCCACACAGGAGAGAAACCAUUUAAAUGCAUGGAAUGUGGAAAGACCUUUGCUUAUAGAUGUAAUCUUAUUUCCCAUAAAAGAAUCCACACAGGGGAGAAGCCGUAUAAAUGCAUGGAGUGUGGAAAGACCUUUGCUCAAAGUAGUCAUUUUAUUUCCCAUAAAAGAAUCCACACAGGGGAGAAGCCAUAUAAAUGCAUGGAGUGUGGAAAGACUUUUGCAUAUAGCAAUAAACUUAAUUCCCAUAAAAGAAUACACACAGGGGAGAAGCCGUUUAAAUGCAUGGAAUGUGGAAAGACCUUUGCUCAAAAAGGUAAUCUUACUUCCCAUAAGAUCAUCCACACAAGGGAGAAGCCGUAUAAAUGCAUGGAGUGCGGAAAGAGGUUUACUCAGAGGACUGGACUUACAAGACACAAAAAGCUCCACUCAGGAGACAAACCAUUUAAAUGCAUGGAAUGUGGAAAGACCUUUGCUCGAAGAGGUAAUCUUACUUCCCAUAAGAAAAUCCACACAGGGGAGAAGCCAUUUAAAUGCAUGGAAUGUGGAAAGACCUUUGCUCAUAGAAGUAAUCUUAUUUCCCAUAAGAGGAUCCACACAGGGGAGAAGCCGUAUAAAUGCAUGGAGUGUGGAAAGACGUUUACUCAUGGCAGUGGACUUACAAGACACAAAAAGAUCCACACAGAAGAGAAACCAUUUAAAUGCAUGGAAUGUGGAAAGAGCUUUGCUAAAAGAGAUCAUCUUAUUUCCCAUAAGAGGAUCCACACAGGGGAGAAGCCAUUUAAAUGCAUGGAAUGUGGAAAGACCUUUGCUCUAAGAGGUAAUCUUAUUUCCCAUAAGAGGAUCCACACAGGGGAGACGCCAUAUAAAUGCAUGGAGUGUGGAAAGAGCUUUGCUCAGAAUGGUAAUCUUACUUCCCAUAAGAUGAUCCACACAGAGGAGAAACCAUAUAAAUGCAUGGAAUGUGGAAAGACCUUUGCUCAAAGAGGUAAUCUUACUUCCCAUAAGAUGAUCCACACAGGGGAGAAGCCGUAUAAAUGCACAGAUUGUGGAAAGACCUUUGCUCGUAGCAGUACACUUACUAUCCAUAAAAGGAUCCACACAGGGGAGAAACCAUAUAAAUGCAUGGAAUGUGAAAAGACCUUUGCUCAAAGGGGUCAUCUUAUUUUCCAUAAGAUGAUCCACACAGAGGAGAAACCAUAUAAAUGCAUGGAAUGUGGAAAGACCUUUGCUCAAAGGGGUCAUCUUAUUUCCCAUAAGAUGAUCCACACAAGGGAGAAGCCGUAUAAAUGCAUGGAGUGUGGAAAGACCUUUGCAUAUAAUAGUGGCCUUGGAAGACACAAAAAGCUCCACACAGGAAAGAAACCAUAUAAAUGCAUGGAGUGUGGAAAGAGCUUUGCUGACAAAAGUAAUCUUAUUUCCCAUAACAGGAUCCAUACAGGGGAGAAACCAUAUAAAUGCAUGGAGUGUGGAAAGACUUUUGCUCAUAUCAGUUCACUUACUUCCCAUGAAAGAAUCCACACAGGGGAGAAGCCAUUUAAAUGCAUGGAGUGUGGAAAGACCUUUGUUCUGAGCAGUGGACUUACUUCCCAUAAGAUUAUCCACACAGGGGAGAAGCCAUAUAAAUGCAUGGAAUGUGGAAAGAGCUUUGCUCAAAAUGGUCAUCUUACGUCUCAUAAAAGGAUCCACGCUCGGGAGAAACCAUAUUGCAAUAGCAAUUCCACUUCGACUUACAUACCACUCCACAAUGUUUUACCACACUCUCUGAGCAGUUUACAAAGUCAGCAUAUGAUCCCCAGCAAUCUGGGUCCUCAUUUUACCCACCUCAGAAGGAUGAAAGACUGAAUCAACCAUGAGCCAGUCAGGAUCCAACUCCUGUCUGUGGACAAUUAGCCUGUAGUACUGCAUUCUAACCACUGACCCACCCUGUCUCUGUAGAUUUGUAUGUGUAUGCGUAUUUUGCCUUUUUGAUCCAAAUGAGACAAGGCUGAUCCAACAAAAUGAAAUUUAAUGUGGAGAAAAGUAAGAUUUUACACCUGGGCAGGAAAAACAGAUUACUUGAAACCUAGCUCAAAAAGAGUAAUUGGGAGAGGGACCUUGGGAGUCCGAAUCGAUGAUGACUGUUUUAUAAAGCCUUAGUAAGACCACACCUGGAAUACUGCAUCUAGUUUUGAUCAUCACAUUACAAAAAAGAUGUUUAGACUUUGGAGAAAGUGCAAAGAAGAGCAGCUAAGAUGAUUAAAGGCCUGAAGACUAAAAUAUAUGAAGAACGAUUGCAGGAUUUGGGUGUGGCUAGUCUACAGAAAAGAAGGAUUAGGAGUGACAUGGUAGAAGUAUUCCAGGGGGAUCAAUUUAUUUUCCAGGGCACCAAACGGCACAAGAAACAAUGUCUGUAAAAUAAUCAAGGAGAAAAGUAACCUCGAAUUAAGGAGAAUUUUCCUUACAGUGAAGACAAUUAACCAGUAGAACAGCUUUCCUUCAGAUAUUGUUUUUAAUAUAGGGCCAAAUUAUUUAAUAUGUUUUAAAUUGUUUUUAAACUUUAUGGAUAUACUUGUUUUAUUGUGGCUGUGCACCACCCUGAGUCCCUCGGGAGAAGGGCGCAAUAAAAAUUUAAAUAAUAAAUAAAUAAAUAAAUUUCGGUUGCUUCAUCACUGGCAUUUUUAAGAAGAGACUGGAUCCUAUAGGAAUAUCAAUAGAUCUUGAAAUGGUAUAGGAUCUCCCGCUUGAGCCGAAAGUGCGGAUGGGGCACCAGCCGCCAAGGACUUGUACCAGGCUUAGGACUUCAGGCACCAGGGCUCCCUCAAUUCCUGGAUGGACAGAAGGAGUCUCUUGGGGGGACUUUCAAAAGAAAAAAAAUUCUUCUUCCGAUUCACUAGUGGAUCCAGAAGUCAGUUAAAAUCUCUCUCCAACUGCCAUAUCAAAUUGGAACCACAAAAUGUUAUCAGUACAUUUUUGUCUAAAAUUAGGUUAAUUUUGCGUUGGGCCAUAAAAAUGAUUCAUGCCAUCUGACAGUCUGUUUGUUUACCUACUAAAAGUAAUUAUACGACUUGAAGAUGUUUGCAAUAAAAAUGCCAAAUUGAAACUUUUCAAUUUCCACCGAUUUAAAAAUGCUCCAUCCAUUUUCUUUUUUUUAAUCAAGUUUUAUUGAUUUUUUUUCUUUUACACACACAUAUUUUAUGAACAGAGUAUUGACCAUAUCAUAAUUUAUACAACUUAUCAUAUCCAAUUUCAUUUUACAUAGUUACCAUUUUUGCCAAAAUAUUCUUUUUCCAUACUUUUUAAUCUUAUCUUAAUACUUCUAUGCUUAUUUUAUAAACGGCAUCACCAUCUACCCUCAAAUCCUACUUUCUUAACAUUAUUUCAAUUAGUUAUCCAUUGUUAAUCAUAUGUAUUCCCUUUUAACUUUCAUAUUAAUUUGUUCUUCAUCCUAAUAAAUUUGAACAUGCUCGGGGUUGCCUUUCUACCAUUUCAUCUCCCUUGUUUUACAACAAUUCUUUGCCUUUCCUCUUUUUCUUCCCUCCCUUCUAUCCUUUUCUACUUUCCUCUUUCCUCCUCUCCUCCUCCUCCUCUACUUCCCCUUCCUUUCCCCUCCUCCAUUCCUUCCUCCCUUUCUAACUGUCCCUCCUACUCUUAUUUCCCCUCCCUUUCUUCCUAUCCUUUUUCCUUUCUUCUAUUCCUCUUUCUCCUUCUCUUCUCCUUUUUCCCUCUACUACUCCUUCCAUUCUCUUUCCAUUGUUGUAUUAAUUUUCAAUUCAAUAUUUUCCACAAUGGUAUCUGGGCAACCCGAUUUUUCUCCACAUAUUAACUAUAUUUUUCAAAGUCCCCAUCACAUUUUAAAAUUAUUAAUGUAUCUCAACUCAUUUCAUAAUUUCAUAUUCCAACAGCAAUAAUUUUCCUCAUUUACUAGCCUUUCAAUUUUAUAUCUUAAUUUCCAUUAUUUUCAUAUUUAAACCAAUCUACAUUUCAUAUUACACCUGUUGAUCCAUUUUACAAUAAACAAUAUACUUCUUGUUUACUUCUUAUAUACAAUUUCUACUAUUAAUACAUUUCCCUUAAAUCAACCAUUAAAUGCUUUAUUUCCCUUCUUUCUCUCCAUUAUUCUUCCCCUUUUACCCAUUUUCUUUUGGUCUCUCCAAAAUUCCACUUCUUAAUAUUUUUUUCCCUUUUUCCCAUUCUCUUAUUUUCUUUUUUUCUUUUUAUAUUUAUUGAAUCUUUCCCCUGAAUCGUUUCUCUCAUUUUUAAAAUUGUUACCCUUUUAAUUCUCCCCCUCAGUCUUUUCCCAUCUCCUUCUCCUCCUUUCUUUUUUGGGUGAUAUUCCCCCCUAUCCACAUUUUGUUUUUCACUGUCAAUCCCAGUGUAAUCAUCUAUUUUUUCAUCUUCAAUUAUUUUCCUUUCAACAUUAUGUUCUUGCUUCACAUUUAUAUUCUUUUUCCUUUUUUUGGGGGGGGGGGUAUUCUAACCAUAUUUCCGCUUCUUUAUCACCCUUAAAUGCUUCACGCAUCUUCUUAAACAUUUCCAUUACUUCCUCAUAUUCCCAAUGUUCCAUAUUGUCUAUUCAAACAUUUUAUUUUAAUUUAUAUGUAGUUAAAAUUCAAGUCCAUGUAGUGUCUCUCUUAUUUUUUUAUUUCCAAAUAAUAUCCAGUUCAAAUAUUUAUCUAGACCAUUCCAGUUUAAGGCUUUGUUCUUUUUCACUUCUUUUCAAAGUCGGGAUCCAGCUGUUUAAACAAGUACUCCUUAAAAUUUCCCACGAUAGUCAAAAUUCUUACUGUUCCUUCAAUGUUUAAAGCAUUUGUUGCAGUGCUUUCUUUCCAGCAGAUGUCUCUCUCCAGUCCACAAAUCCCCAGGCAACAAAGUAUCACUUUUAAAUCCAUAUAGAAAAUACUUUCUUGUCUCUUCAAUUUCUUUUCCUUUUAUUAUUAAAAAAUGCUUUCUCUCAGUUU